AUGACCGGCGACGAGAAGCAUUGGGAAUCUGAGGCUCUCUCCCUCAGAAGAGUCGCCUUCGUUGGAGUGGCCCUGUCCACCGUGGCCACCCUCGUCUGCGUGAUUUCGGUGCCAAUGCUCUACAACUACAUGCAACACAUGCAGUCGGUCAUGCAGAACGAAGUCGACUUCUGCAAAUCCCGCUCGGGUAACAUCUGGAGAGAAGUCACUCGUACCCAGGCUCUCGCGGCCCCCACUAGGAAGGCCCGUCAGGCCGGCGGUGGAUGCUGUGGAUGCGGUGUUUCUCCAGGAGGACCACCUGGACCACCAGGACAAGACGGACAGCCUGGAUCAGAUGGUCAGCCUGGACAACCCGGCAGAGACGGACCAGAUGGUCCACCAGCAACACCAGCUCCUGACGUUACCCCAUGCUUCAACUGCCCUGCUGGACCUCCAGGUCCACCUGGUAACCCAGGAGGCAAGGGAGCACCAGGAAACCCUGGAUCCGAUGGACAGCCCGGAAAUGCUGGAAACCCAGGAGGCGCUGGUCCACCUGGACCACCAGGAUCACCCGGAAACGAUGGACAACCAGGAAACCCAGGAGCACCAGGAGCUCCAGGAACCCUCACCACAGUUCCCGGCACACAAGGACCACCUGGCCCAGCCGGACCUCCUGGACCUCCUGGACCUGAUGGUCAACCAGGAGCCCCAGGAAACCCUGGACAAGAUGGUGGACUUGGACAGCCUGGAGACAAUGGACAACCU